GGGAAGUGGUCGGUGCGCGCACAUAAUUUCUGCCCAGAGCUUUUUGCUCUCGCGGAAGACGAGACUCGCAGGACCCUCUCGCUCCCCUCGACCACCACCCUAUUGAAAUACUUUCUCCAUUAACUCUUCGAGGAUCGUAUCCGACAACAACCCCAAGCAAAUCGCCAAAAUGUCGGACGUAGAAGAGAACACUGUCCCCGCCUCCGAGGAGGUUGAGGUUUCCGCCGAUGCUGCCCCCAAGGGCCAGAUGAGCGUCCUUGAUGCCCUCAAGGGUGUUCUCAAGAUCUCCCUCAUGCACGACGGUCUUGCCCGCGGUCUCCGUGAGGCCUCCAAGGCCCUCGACCGCCGUGAGGCUCACAUGUGCGUCCUCAACGAGUCCUGCGAGGAGGAGGCCUACAAGAAGCUCGUCAUUGCUCUCUGCUCCGAGCACAAGAUCCCCCUCAUCAAGGUCCCCGAUGGCAAGCAGCUCGGCGAGUGGGCUGGUCUCUGCGUCCUUGACCGUGAGGGUAACGCCCGCAAGGUCGUCAACUGCUCUUGCGUCGUUGUUAAGAACUGGGGUGAGAUGUCUUCCGAGCGCGAGGUAAGAAUUACACCCGAGUCUGCUGCUUGGCCACAGUUACUGACAAACGACACUACAGAUCCUCCUCAACUACUUCCAGACCGAGCAGUAAAUUGGCGAUUCGCAUCUUGGCGAGGCGGAAUACCUAGGGAUGUACAGGCGGCAGACGCGUCCCGGACAUUGGCUCUAACAAGCCAUGUGUCUGGUUGGACGUACGCUUGGGUAGACCUUACCGACUGGCACAAAUGCUUAGAGCAGGCCUUAACUGGCUUCCCUGCAAGGGGCAAUAAACAACGUAAAAGGUCCAAAACCCAUUCGCUGAUUCCUCCCAUGACCAUUGUAUGAAGUCGUGUUGCCAUGUGUGAAGUCCUGCAACCCGACCCGUUAUGCCAGUGUCAAAAGGUCAUGAUCAGACCAAAGGACGUGUUCAACAAAUGGGAAAUAGAAAAGGGCACGAUCACCCAAACGCCGUAGUAUGCAUAUUGAUAUCAUUUCUUACCCUCUACCA